CGCCGCGAAUGGAGCCCGUCCUCAAAGGUAUUUCGGCAUUUGUAGAUGUUUGGUCAUCUAACAGAACAGAAAACUACUCGAAAACCUUUGAACAGCAACUUCUUGAUAUGGGAGCAAAAGUUUCAAAAACUUUCAACAAGCACGUGACCCAUGUAGUCUUCAAAGAAGGUCGUUUGGCUACAUGGAGAAAAGCACAGAAGACUGGUGUAAAAAUAGUUUCGGUACUCUGGGUGGAGAAAUGUCGAGAAACUGGAGAGCAUGUUGAUGAAUCUUUAUUUCCUGCAGCAUGCACUAAUGAAGGACUACCCUUACUGGUUAGAAAACACAAAUGUAUGCAACCAAAAGACUUCAUUGAAAGAACUCCAGAAAAUGACAGAAAGAUGCAGAGGAGACUGGACCAACUGGCUAAAGAAUUAGCUCAACAGAGAACAGCAAGUAAUUCUGAAACUGAUAUACCAAUUUUAUUAUUUGAAGAUGAUGGUUCCCUUGCAUAUAGCCCCGUUAAUAAGAUAAAAGAUCAAUGCAGUGCAAUGGAAAGAAGAAUAAAGGAAAUGAAAGAAAAGAGAGAAAAUCUGUCCCUUACUGGUUCGCAGAUGUCUCCAACCCCUCCCUGUAACGCACAAGAAGACCAAGACGGCCCCCUGCCAACCUGCAUCGGAGCCGGCUGGCAUUCAGCAGAUGCAUUGCCAGAAAAGCAGAUGGAAGACUGCUUAAAUUCCAGUUUUGAUGAUCUUUGGGGAACUGAUAAAUUCAAAAGACGGAGAACAGAGGUAGCUGAAAGAGUCUGUAAUACUCCAAGUGACAGACAAAUUUCCAUGAGUGGAUUAGUGAAUUCUCCCUCACGUAGCUCUGACCAGAAAGUCUUAACCCCAAAGCAACCUAGCAGGAGAUGCUUAGGUAAAAAACAGAUUUUGCAGCACACUUUAGAUGAUAAAUGGCCUCCAGAAAAGGAAGACUUUAAAAAGUUUGCAAACAAAAAUCAGAUUUGUGAAAAUACUGUGAACCUUUCAGUUGCAAACAGAAGUUCAUUUCUCCAAAUUAAGGGCUUGGAUCAUGUUACUCCUUCUGAGAAAAUACUUCAGUUAAAUACUACUCCUGCUUUGACUGGCAGUCACUCUGUUUCAUCAGUGAGCAGAAAAGACCUAAAUGUAAGUUCAUUUGAUAGCAGUCUUCCUGUUAGUGAUUGUACUCUUCAAGACAAAAGGAAGAAGAAACCAAAGCUACGAUCUAAUUUGAAACUGUCUGCCUCAGAAUUGGUUGCAUCAGGGUCCAAAAAGGACUUCUUGCAAGCAAUAACUACAUAUAACAAGCCUUUGUGCACUGAGGAGGCGUCUUACGAAGACUACUUUUCAUCAUCUAAUGCAAAUGAGAUACAGAUAUUGGUUCCCAAAAAAUCACAGAAGCCUCCCAAAGUUUGCUGCAAUGACUGUUUAAGUAAAAUAGAGACCCCUGAUGAAGAUUUCUACAAGCCUCAUGCUCCUUCUGAGAAAAAGAGGGAAAAUUCUGUUCCGACAAAUGAUGUCCUGUUAGAGAAGAACUUCAUGCCAACUAAACAUCCAGAAAUCAUGCCAUUAAAUUACAUGUCACAUGAGGAAAACACUGAGAAUACAGAAGCACUAGAUGCUGAUGCUGCAAACAGACGUGUGCUCGACAAAUCCUACAGAACUUGUGUGAAUUACUGUACUCGCGCUCCUGGUGAUGAAAAUGAAGUUUCAGAGUGUCAUGUUACUGAUGGCCCUUGCACACUAUUUAAAGAACAAGAGAAUAAACUCAGUGAGGGGCUAAGAAAAACUAGAAGACUUCCAAAGCCAACAAGGACACUAGUUAUGACAAGUAUGUCUGCCGAAAAACAAAAUACUAUAAUUCAAGUAGUGAAUAAACUUGGRAACUUCUUGUUCUCGGAUAACGUGUGUGAUACAACAAGUCACGUAGUUGCAGGGAGUCCUCGUCGCACCCUGAACGUUAUGCUAGGAAUUGCUCGUGGAUGUUGGAUUGUUUCUUUCGACUGGGUUCUGUGGUCUUUGGAAUUGGGUCACUGGAUCUCAGAGGAACCUUAUGAGCUAUCAUCCAACUUUCCUGCUGCUCCUAUCUGCAGGCUUCAACGUCAUCUAUCACCAGGAAAAUAUCAGCAGAAUCUCUUUUCAAGUCAGCCKGUGAUGUUUGUGUCACCCACCAGCCAGCCCCCCUGCCAAAAGCUGGGUGAACUCAUACAGCUCUCAGGAGGAAGAACAUGCAAAGCCUUGCGCCAGGCAAAGAUCUGCAUAGGAGAAUACCCAGGAAAGAAGUACCACGAAAUAAAAUACAUAUCAGAAAAAUGGAUAUUAGAUUCAAUCACACACCAUACAAUAUGUCCUAUGGAAAACUACAUUUUUCAGCUGUGACCUAAGUCAAGAAUGUCCAUAUGGUUGCAAGAAAACAAGCCUAGUUUGGAUACAACAAGCAAAUAAGCUGUGAAUAAAUUUGCUAAGAAAAAAAAGCAAGUAACAUAUUUAUAAAUACAGC